AUGUGGUUCGGCGCGCGCGCAUCAUCCACAAGCGGCUCAACGAGGGGCGUGCGGCGCGCGGAGGGGGCGGAAGGGGAGGCGCGGGGAAGGAGCAGGAGCGGAACGAGGGGGGCCGUGCGGAGAGCUGCGGCGGAUUCAGCUAACGCGCAUGAGGGGGACGAUGAGGGGGGAGGGGGAGAGGGAGGCGCAAGGAGAGGCCGCGGGGAGCGCGGGG